AUGCCCAUAGUGCAGAGACCAGUCUUGGGCUCUACGCCCACUAUGGACCUGGACCCUAUGGCCAGCCCGCAGGAAAACGUGGCCUGGAGAAUAAUCGUCGUGAAUGCAGUCUUCAACCUCAUCACGCUGGUCGUGGUGUCACUCCGCAUCUACUCUCGAAAGAUAACCAAAGUGGGCUUUGGCUAUGAUGAUGGCUUCACCUGGGCUGCAGUGGUACUAGUCAAUGUCAUGUUGAUGCAGGCUGCUUUCCUCAUCAGCCUGGACUUCGGGUACCACAUCUCGUACAUAGGAGAAGGGAAUAUUGAGAGUAUAUUUCGCCUUCUCCUGGCGUUCAGAGUGUCAUUCAUCUUCCUCAUCACCUUCGUCAAACUCAGCGCGCUGUCCUUCUACUUGCGAGUUUUCGUGGGACCCGUCUGGUGGCUUGCGAACUUCAUCCUAGAGUUCGCCAUCUGUCACGGCCCGAACCAGCGAUUCUGUCCACCAAGACAGUAUAUGGACAUUGCUGUCUGCGUAUUCAAUGCAGUGGGAGACGUGGUCAUCCUGCUGUUGCUGGUUCCACCCAUCUGGAAGCUACAGAUGAAGAAGAACACGAAAGUCGGUCUGACGGUUAUCUUCACUCUGGGUCUCGCCACUCUCGCCAUCGCACUCCUGCGAUUCGAUGCCAUCAUCGGUACCGACUACACAUUCGACAUCGCAGGAACGGCGAUGGCGUCCCUGAACUACGCGAUCCUCGAGCCAAACCUUGCCAUCCUUUGCAUCAGUCUCCCGAUAUUGAAGCCUGUAUAUCGCAAACUGCAAGACAGAGUCGACAUCAUCGCUAAUCGUCUAUCUUCCAAGAUUGGGUUUAGACGGGCGUCUAGCUCUGAAACACUACACGAUGCCGGCCCCUCGCCUUUAGCAGCCUUCGAGCUUGAGGAUCUCACACGAAGAAGGGGUUCCUCACUCCCACGCGUGCUUACGAAUCGACUCGACCACUGCAUGGACCAAAUUGCAACGCAUACGUCGUUGCCAGUUCCGCCAAUACGAACCGGGGCGAAGAGGGAAGUUCUGGUAGGCUUGAGCGCUCACGAUGCCACCAAUUCUAAGAUGGGCCCUACAGAAGCUUAG